AUGGUAAAUAACGUAAAUGCACAGCAAUACAUAAAUCAAAAAUACCCAAUAAACGGCACAUGUCAAAGAGACAACGAUCCAGAAAACAAAGACAAAACUAGAAAAGGUAUAACUUUGUUAGAUAUCCGAAAAGGUAAAGUUGGCAAUGGAAUGUUUAGUAGUAAUAAAAAUCUAAUCGAAGAUUUAAAAUUAGAAGGCUUCACUAAUUUACGAAAAUUAAUAAUCUCUUCUCACCAAAUAACUGAACUAGAUGUUAGCAAUUGUCCUAACCUAGAAGAAUUAGAAUGCCAUGGCAACGAACUUACUAGUUUAAAUGUCACUGGUUGCUCUAACCUUAAAAAAAUCGAUUGUUCUAAUAAUCCCCUUAGAAAAUUAGAUUUAAGUGCUUGUCCUAAGUUGGAAGAAGUAAACAUAAAUAAUUGUCCGUCAGAACUUACUGAGGAAGAAGCGACAAAGUCUAAUCUCACUUAUGAUGCCGAAAAAGGAAAAUUAGCCAAAGGUUCAGCCAAAAAUAGUCCCCAAAUAAGAAAAGCAUCAAAUAAUGAUAUCAGAAAUAUCCUAAUAGUUGGCAUGACGGGUAGUGGUAAAUCUACUUUAGCCAAUGUCCUUUCUAAUACUACUAGCUUUGUAGAAAAUAGUUCUAGCACUAGUGUCACGAAAAAUUUUCAAACUAGUGAUAUUUUUGAAUGGCAAGGUAAAAACUAUCGCAUAAUUGAUAACAUUGGCUUCGGUGAUACUGCUAACAUUUCUAAUGAAGACAUUUUAUUCAAAAUCGGAGAUGGAAUCAACUCUGCUAAGGAAGGAAUCAACCAAAUCCUUUUUGUAUUUAAAGGUAGAUUUUCUGAGGAACAAAUAACGGCUUUUAAUCUCUUUAAAGACUUUAUUUCCGACACUGGCAUUACUAAAUUUACCACUUUAGUUCGCACUAACUUUGAAGAUUUUGAAGAUCCACAAAAAUGCCAAGAAGAUCGACAAUCCCUCCUUACCCAAACUACACAAGUUGUUAAAGAAAUUAUUAGUUCUUGCAACAGUGUCAUUUAUGUAGAUAACCCAACAACACCAGUAAUAAAAGAUAAAGACAAUGAAAGAAUAAGAGCAAAAAAAGCAGAUAAGAUAAAAGAAAGCAAGCAAAAGAGGGAACAAGCGAUAAAAAUAGUGCUAAAUCACGUGGCUGAAAACUGUCCAGAAAUCUACAAGUUAAAAGAAUGGGAUAAAAGUAAAGCAAGUGUUAGUGGAACUAAGGAAAUUCAAAAAGAGGAAUUUAUUGAAGAAAACGUUAGUUACGCAGUAAUUGACACUGUAGGAAUGGGCGAUACUAAAUUAAAAAAAGAAGAAGUCUUAGAUAAAAUAGCCGAAGCGGUUUACUUAGCACGGGAAGGCGUUAGUCAAAUCCUUUUUGUCACUGAUGGUCGAUUUGAUCAAUAUGAGAUGGUUACCUACAAUUUAUUAAGAACAAUUAUCUUUGAUGAACAUAUUACUAAACAUACUACAAUAGUAAGAACUAGAUUUGAGGACUUUGAAGAUGAAGAAGAAUGUCAAAACGAUAUUGAAAAAAUGUUGGCUGAAAAGGAACUUUGCGAAAUAGUUAACUCUUGCCAAAAAAACAUUGUCCAUGUUAACAACUCUUCACUAAGUAGUAAAUAUGGUAAAGAAGAAAGAGAAGAAUCCAGAAAGAUAGUGCUGGAGCAUUUACAAAAAAAAUCUCAAAACCUAGAAAAUUAUAAACCACAAAAAUUACAAGCAUUAAGUUUGGAAAUUGUUGAAUUUAUGAAGUUGAAAGAAGCGUCAAAAAAGAAAUUAGCCGAAAAAGAAGCCGAGAAAAGAAAAAAACUCGAAGAAGCCAAGAAAAAGGAAGAAAUCCAAAAGGCAAGUAAGCAAAUUUCUACUGCGGAAGAAGUAGAAAAUGAGUCUAAAAAUACUACUUCAACAGAAACUAAAGACGACGAAACUAAAUUAGUUACUGAAAAAGAAGAGAAACAAACAGAUAAUGGUAAUAAUCAAAACCGAGAAAAUAGCAAAAAAAUAUUUAUCCAAUUAAGAAUUGCAUCCUUACAAACUGAACUAAAAGAUUUGGAAGAAUCCAAGAAAUUAAUUGAAGAAAUCCAAAAAUCAGAUGGAUUAAUUCGCCAAAAAGUAUUAAAUCAUAUAUUCCAUAACUAUAAUGAAAUUGCACAAAUAACAGGAGGUGAUAUUUUUAUUAACAGUAUUAUGGGAGAUAAUGAUAACUCUUUAAAUACCAGCAAGUUAAGUCUAGUAGAACUCCAAAAACAAAAAGAGCAAUUAGAAGAAAAACUUCUAGAAAAGGGAAGCAACAAUCAAUCAUUAAAUGAUAUUAAAAGUGAAAUAACCCAAAAAGAGCAAGAAUUAUCAGAGUUAAAAAAGGAACUGUUAACUAUUAAAGAGAUAGCAGAAGAACCGGGUCACGGCAAAUCCACCUUGGCUAACGUAAUAACUGGCACUAAUAAAUUUAAAGAGAGUAGUGGAGCAGUAAGUGAAACCAAACAAAUCCAGUUUGAACAAUUCGUUGAUGAAAAAAAUAGUGUUAGUUACCAAAUAAUUGAUACUCCUGGUAUUGGUGACACCAAAAUGUCCGAUAAUGAAGUCUUAGACAUCAUUGCCGAAGCGGUUUAUUUAGCCAAAGAUGGUAUUAGUCAAGUAUUAUUUGUAGUUAAUGGUCGGUUUGACCAAUAUGAGAUGGUUACCUAUAAUUUAUUAAGGACAAUUAUCUUUGAUGAGCAGAUUACCGAGUAUACAACUAUUGCUCGCACUCGCUUUGCCGACUUUAGAAGUGUAAAGAAUGAAAAAUACAAGCAAUUAUUAGCGGAAAUUAAAAAGUUAAAAAAAGAGUUAAAAUCAACUCUUAGCGAAAUAAUUGAAUCUUGUCAAAGUCGGGUUAUUCAUGUUGACAAUAAGCCAGACAUAAAAAUAAGAGAGAGGUCGCGAAAAAAAAUAUUAGACCAUCUAAAUAAAACUUGUCAAGACAGUUCUUACAGGUCUACUAAAUUACAAGAAUUAAGUGCCGAAAUUGUCGAUUAUAUGGACAAAUUUCUGCAAAGUAGAAAAGAAUUAGAGGCAGAAAUGAAAAAAAUAAAAAGUGGUUCAGUAAGUUCUACCAAUAGAGUGAAAACUGAAAUACUUACUAAACAUAAUCAACAACUAAGUUUGGAAGAAAUGCAAGAGUUCGCUACCGAAAGUUAUGAUAACAUAAUUAUCGCUACUGGCAAAAUCAAAGAGUUAGAAGAUAAAAAGACUCGCUUAAAAAAAGAAAUUGCCGAAAAAGAGAAAAUUAUUCAGCAAAAAGUCUUAAAACACAUUUUUAAUAAUUAUGAGGGCAUUUCUAAGGAACUAGGAGGAGAUAUUUUUCUUAAUAGUGUGGCCGCCGCUACUUUAGGAGAUAGUUUUAACCCUAAAAUUGAUGCUGGAUUUUCAGUUUCUAAUUCUGUUCUAGUAAAUCCAGGAGGUAGUGAAGAAUUAACCAGUCCAGCUUCUUCAUGUCCUGAUAAAAAACUACUAGACUGA